ACAGGGUGGAGUUUAGAUUCUGCUGUGACAGGACUUUUCUGUGGGGUCACUGAAACUAACAUUGUCCAGUUAAAAGGACACAAAUGACACAACCAGUGAGAGAAACAGCGAGCGGCUCCACCAGCGACACUGAGAACAAGCCAGAGAUCAGUUGCCAUUUUUCUCACAAGACCUCAACAAGUAAAGAAUGGCCGUCAGCAGUGAUUAUGACUAUGACCUCUUCGUGCUCCACAAUGAGAGUGAACUCAAUGUAGAACCUCAAGAAGAGCAAUCAGCAUUUCAAGUCUAUGCUGCUGUGUGCUGCACCCUCAUCUUCUGCAUCAGUUUAUCUGGAAACAGCUUCCUGCUCUGGGUCCUUCUGAAGGAACGAGCCUGGAGGACCACAUGUGACAUCUUCCUUCUGCAACUCACAGUUUCCAACCUUUGCUUCACCGUGACCCUGCCCUUCAUGGCCAGCAAUGCUCUCCACAACUGGGUGUUUGGGGAGUGGGCCUGUGGAGUCGUGAGAGGGUUUUAUAUCCUGGGAAUGAACAGUUAUGUGAUAAUACUCACUGCUGUGAUUUUACAUUGUUAUAUUACUGUGGUUCACGCUUCACGUCUGUCUUCACAGGCCUUCAGUAAACGUCGUGUCCUUGUGUGCAGCAUUGUGAUAUGGCUGGCAUGUGCUGUUUCUAGCAUCGAGAAUUCAGUGAAUAGUCGAGUCAUAGAUGUGGGUUUUGGUGAAGUGUGUACAGGUGUAGAGUCAGCAUAUAUGAUGACUGUUCACAUCUGCUUGGAUAUGACCUUUUUCUUCCUCCUUCCUUUCAUUAUCAUCACAUUCUGCUAUAUCCACGUGUGGAUAACUAUCAAACAGCGCAAGAUAACGAGACAGGACCAGCCUUCAAAACUGAUUUUAGGGAUAACUGUUGGUUGUUUUCUUUGUCUGGCUCCUCACACUAUAGUAGCCUUUCUGUAUGUCCUAUCCUUCAUGGACAUUUUUGAAUCCAGACUUGAACUGAUGCAUGGAUGGCAUCAUGCCAUGUUUAUUAUUUACCCACUGGCUCACUUCUAUUGCUGCCUGAAUCCUCUGUUCUACAUAUUUGGAGCCCAAAGGUUUAGGAGGCAUCUCCCUGGACCAUGUAACAGAGAUGGAGAUGGGAGUAACAAUGACACAGUGGCAUUCAUCACUGUACGAGAAACUGCUGAGUGACAACCAAAUUUUUCAUUUGUCUAAAUACUUUUAAGACAAGGGUAUGUAAUUUUUUUCAUGCUUUAACAAAACCAUACUUCAAUAUUCAAAGUAACUCCUAAAAGUUGCCAAUCAUGAAUGUUUUCUAAGCCUUGUCAAUCAUUGUCAUGCUGUUGAUGUGAAUUUUUGUCUGACAGUUUACAGUUUGACAUUGUUUGUAUUUUUUAAACAGAGUUUUGUUGUUUUUUGUUUUUCACAAACAGACAGAAGAACAUGAAAGUGUACAUCAUGCCGUUGUAUCACACUGCACAUUUAAAACAAGAAGAAAUAAAGAAAAUAUUAAAGAAAACAAA